AUGUUCCAGCACCUGCUUCUCCCUCUCGUGACCCUCGCCAUCAGCCCCCUCCCAGGAGCUUCGCAGGAUCCAGCGCGCAGUCCCGCUCAGGAAGAACCUCAGGAUCUGGACUGCGGUCGCCCUGAGUCCUCUGCACGAAUCGUGGGGGGCUCAGACGCACAGCCGGGCAGCUGGCCCUGGCAGGUGAGCCUGCACCACAGCGGGGUCCACAUCUGCGGGGGCUCCCUCAUCGCCCCGUCCUGGGUCCUCUCCGCCGCUCACUGCUUCAUGGAAAACGGGACCCUGGAGCCGGCGGCCGAGUGGACGGCGCUGCUGGGCGUGCACUCCCAGGACGGGCCCCUGGACACGGCGCAGGCCCGCGCGGUGGCGGCCAUCCUGGUGCCGGAGGGAUACCGCGGCGUGGAGCACGGCGCCGACCUGGCCCUGCUGCGCCUGGCCGCGCCCGCCCGCCCCGGGCCCGCCGCGCGCCCCGUCUGCCUGCCCCGCGCCGAGCACCGCUUCGCGCCCGGCGCCGCCUGCUGGGCCACCGGCUGGGGCGACGUGCAGGAGGCGGACCCCCUGCCUCUCCCCUGGGUGCUGCAAGAAGUGGAGCUCAGGCUGCUGGGAGAAGCCGCCUGUCAGUGUCUCUACAGCCGGCCCGGCCCCUUCAACCUCACUUUCCAGCUAUUGCCAGACAUGCUGUGUGCCGGCUACCCAGAGGGCCGCAAGGACACCUGCCAGGGAGACUCGGGGGGACCCCUGGUCUGUGAGGAAGGAGGACGGUGGUUUCUGGCGGGAAUCACCAGCUUUGGCUUUGGCUGUGGAAGAAGGAACCGCCCUGGAGUCUACACUGCGGUGGCUCCCUACGAGGCAUGGAUCCGGGAGAAGGUGAUGGGCUCUGAACCUGGGCCUGUCUUUCCCGCCCAGCCCCAGGGGCCCCAGCCAGGCCCCCCGGAGCCCGUGGAUGAGAACUGCACCAUUGCCUUGCCAGCGUGUGGGCAGGCCCCGAGGCCAGGGGCCUGGCCCUGGGAGGCUCAGGUGAUAGUGCCGGGAUACAGGCCCUGCCACGGGGCGCUGGUGUCUGAAAGCUGGGUCUUGGCACCUGCCAGCUGCUUUCUGGACCCCGGCGGCGCAGACCGCCCGCCCCGCGACCUGCACGGCUGGCGCGUGCUGCUGCCCUCGCGGCCGCGCGCCGAGCCGGUGGCGCGCCUCGUGCCGCACGGGAACGCUUCCUGGGACGACGCAGCCGACCUGGCGCUGCUGCAGCUGCGCGCGCCCGUGAACCUGAGCGCCGCGCCGCGGCCCGUGUGCCUGCCUCACCCCGAACACUACUUCCUGCCCGGCAGCCGCUGCCGCCUGGCGCGCUGGGGCCGCGGCGGGCCCGCGCCCGGUCCCAACGUGCUGCUGGAGGCCGAGCUGCUGAGCGGCUGGUGGUGUCACUGCCUGUACGGCCGCCAGGGAGCGACAGUGCCGCCGCCGGGGGACCCGCCGCACGCGCUCUGCCCCGCCUACCAGGAGGAGGAGGAGGCCGGCCGCUGCUGGAACGACUCCAGUUGGAGCCUUUUGUGCCGGGAGGAGGGCACCUGGUUCCUGGCUGGAAUCAGAGACUCCUCCGGCGGCUGCCUGCGUCCCAGAGCCUUCCACCCUCUUCAGACCCACGGCCCGUGGAUCAGCCAUGUGACUCGGGGAGCCUACCUGGAGGACCAGCUGGCCUGGGACUGGGGCCCCGAGGGGGAGGAGACGGAGACACAGACUUGUCCGUCCCACACGGAAAGCGGUGCCUGCGGCCUGCGGCCAGAGCCAGCUCCCACGGGGCUCCUGUGGCCCUGGCUGGCUGAGGUGCACGUGGCUGGUGAUCGAGUCUGCACGGGGGUCCUCGUGGCACCAGGCUGGGUCCUGGCGGCCACUCACUGUGUCCUCAGGCCAGGCUCCACAACUGUGCCUUACAUCGAAGUGUACCUGGGCCGGACCGGAGCCAGCCCCCUCCCACAGGGCCACCAGGUGUCCCGGGCGGUCGUCAGCAUCCGCCUGCCCCGGCACCUAGGCCUCCGGCCCCCUCUGGCCCUCCUGGAGCUGAGCGCCCGGGUGGAGCCCUCCCCGUCAGCCUUGUCUGUCUGCCUCCACCCCGGGGGCGUCCCCCUGGGAAGCAGCUGCUGGGUGCUGGGUUGGAAGGACCCCCAGGACCGAGUCCCUGUGGCUGCUGCCGUCUCCAUCUUGACGCCACGGCUCUGCCACUGCCUCUAUGACGGCAUUCUGCCCCCCGGGACGCUCUGUGUCCUGUACGCAGAGGGGCAGGAAGACAGGUGUGAGGUGACCGCUGCACCUCCGCUCCUAUGCCAGAGCGAGGGAGGCCCCUGGGUCCUCGUGGGCAUGGCUGUUCGAGGGAGCCGGGAGCUGUUUGCCGCCGUCAGCCCCGAAGAGGCCUGGAUCUCCCAGAUAGUGGGAGAGGCCCAUUUCUUGCCCUCCAGUGGCUCCCCCUACUGGCCCCCUGAAGGCAGCUACCUCUGUCCUCCGGACAUGGCCGGGGCCUCAGGCUCCCCUCCUGCUGCUCUGUUCCUGCUGCUUCUGACCCCCCUGAUUCAGGACUGA